CGGAGCCGUGAGGUGAUUGGACAGCGGGGAGCGCGCGCGCGCGCGACGGGAGCUCAGUAAUCGGGCUCUCGCCAGGAUCCUAGCGGGCCUGGAGUCGGCAGGCGGCAAGCGGCAAGAGGCAAGCGGCAUCGAGCGGCCGCCGCAGCAUCAGCACCAAACAGCAGCAUCUCUAGCAGCAGCAGCAGCAACUUCAGCAUUGCAUCUCCCGCCGCCAAGCCAUGGAGAAGAGGCUGCUCGAGGCGCGGCAGUACAAGGAGGAGGGGAAUCAGCGCUACCGGGAAGGGCGCUAUCGCGACGCCGUGAGCAGAUACCACCGGGCGCUGCUUCAGCUUCGGGGCCUUGAUCCGAGCCUGCCUGCCCCGUUGCCGCCCUUGGGAGCCCGAGGCCCGGUCCUCACCGAGGAGCAGCAGAAGAUGCUGGAGAGCACACAGACAGACUGCUACAACAACCUAGCUGCCUGUCUCCUUCAAAUGGAGCCAGUAAACUAUGAACGAGUGAGAGAAUACAGUCAGAAGGUUUUAGAGCGACAGCCUUCCAAUGCCAAGGCCCUGUACCGGGCAGGAGUAGCCUCUUUCCACCUGCAGGACUACGACCAGGCCCGACGCUAUCUUCAGGCUGCCACUGACCAUCAGCCAAAAGAUGCCAAUGUCCGACGAUACCUACAGCGGACAGAAUCGGAACUAAGCAGCUACCACCAAAAGGAAAAACAACUUUAUUUGGGAAUGUUUGGCUAGCGACAGAGACUUUUCUUUAACCCUCUUUGUUAUAGGGCGAGCCCUUUGAUUUCUCCUGCCCCCACCACCUGGAACUGAAAGCAAGGGCUUCGAGCAGAGGAAAUGAGACUGUUGACCUAACUGGACUGGAAUUGGACUUCCAUCCCUGCACAAAUUUCUCUUAACACAGUUCCUGUUUUCUUCUUCCUGGCCAUCUCUUUGUGUUUUUAUCUCCAGCGUCAUCACUGAAGCUUUGGGGAGGUUUACCAGAGGAAACACCAGAACCAGCCCACUAGAUAGAAGGUAGAAUUAAUGAACUUGGGAUGGAUGGAGGAGUUCCAUUGGCCUGAGGGCAAAUGAUGAGGCUGGCAGGAAAUGUUGUUGGAAACAGAAGUCUUCUACUCUUGUUCCUUAGAGAUCUAAAAAUCAGUGAAACCCUGUUGGACAAUCGGAGAUUUUUUACAUUGAUGUUUGGAUGGCAUUGAAGUCUGGUAGGCUUGGAGAGCCCUUUCUGGGCAGGCCACAUUUCUCCCUCUUUUUUUCAUGUUCAUUAAAAUCACGGAAUAGGCCAACUUACCAUACAAUUAGAAUAAUCAUUUCUCCAUUUGGGUUAUUAACCUGACUACUCAUGCUCCUCGGGUUGCGUCGCCAUGAUGCCCCAUGGCUCACGAUUGUUGAUCCCAACAACAAUAGCUGAGCCUUGCUUUUUUUCCUUAUCACCCCCAGAUUUUGCUGCUUCUUUCUACAUAAUUAGCAUGUAUUUCUAAAGUACAAAUAAGCUUCAAAAAUGAACCACAUUAAUCUGACUACAAUAGUAGUGGAGUCAACGCUGGCCUCUGUAGAAAAUAUGUGAAAGCAGUAUCCAUUCAUCCCCACUAUACAAAGAGUAAUGAAAACCUCAUUCUCUUUCUGCCUGACUCUCCCUGGAUUUUUCAAGGACCUCCGUCCCUCUGAAGUAUCCAAGUAAUGCCAGAAAGAAGAGAGGAUGAGAGUUCUCCAUCCAUGUGGCCUUUUCAGACACAUCAGGGAUGCAUAUAUUUGACUGAGGAUAUGCUGGAGAAUGGUCUGAUCUGUCUGUCCAUGGAAUUCAUUGUCUGGCACAGGCUUCUUUAAUUGAGGGUUUGUGAGCCUUUUUUUUUUAAAUAACUGUUUCAAUAUAAUUUGCUUUCUUUGUAAUCCUGUA